AUGACUGUUCUAAAUCCAACAAUCAAUGCCGGUCAUUCCGAAUCCUCCGUGCUUACGUAUUUCCACAUCCCUUUCACCAUAAUAGCCCUGCUUCCGUCAAUCCGGUCUUUCCUUUGUGAUGAUCUGGGUUCCCUCCCGUUACCGCCGACCGUCGACCACAAACGCCGAAUUCUACUAGAGCGCAUCGAUGUGGUCACGCUUGGACCCACCCCAGCCCCUCCUGAGAACCCGCCACCCAUUCCUUCCAUCCAACGCAGACCUCUUAGUAGUGUGGUUAGGCUAUUCUCUUCAUCCAGAAAACGGUACUCGCUCCCUGCAUCCAUCAGAUACCCUCCUCAGCUACCGGAAGUAGUCGAACCGCCGUUACCCCCGAAAGGACACCAACAUGCGCUGUCGUUACAAACUUCGAAAACUACAGAGGAUUAUGAGGUGCCACGAUCCGUUGUAGACUGUGUCUCUGGGACUGGUUCCCCAUCUCAUCUAUCCAGCCAACCGUUGUUGCGUCAGCACUUGCGUAGCCGACAUUCGAUGUCCCCUCAAUUGGAAAUCGUCCAGGCCAAUCAGAGCACAGCCUUCGUUUCGCCACAGACGCCACAACUGCACCCACCGAUUGUGACCCCAGACAGUCGGGAUGACAUUGCUCUCACAUUGCCCAAAAAAUGCCUCACCACACAGACUCGACGAUUCAGUGCUUUCAUGGACUCACCUUGGACUCUGAUUGGUUCGUUGCAUCACCGCUACAAGCCGAACAAAUGGACCAGAUUGAACAUGUGUCUGCUGGCCAGCGGAUCGCGACUGAUUGCUUACAAGUCGGGAAAUGCCAUGAAUCCUAGUCUGGUCAUAUUUCUUUGUGGAGCCACAGGUGUCUAUGCCGGACGCGACAGUGGCAUGGAUUUUGUUAUCAAAAUCGCUCAUCCCACUCGGGGGACCACUGUCUUGGCCGCGGACACAGAAGCGCAAGCACUGAUGUGGAUUAAACAAAUCAAUAUGUAUGCACAAGGCAUUACUCCAUCGGAAAUACACUCAUUCCUUGAGCAUCCGGGCAUAACAAACUCAAUCUCCUCCGUUCCUCUGUUACCUCCAUCAUGUAUUCCUGCUACUCCGAUCCGUUCUCCCUCUCAGCCGGAUGGGGACCAUCUAAACGGAUGUUUACCAAACGGGUUGGAAAUUCAGGAGGACAGUGGAUUCUCUGCCCCAGUGUCAUCUGGCAGUGAGGGUAACAGUGCGGAUGGCGUAGUCAGCGGUCACGCAUUUCAGUGCCAUCCGUCUGUGUUUAAAAGUCAAUCAUCUUCCAACGUGUGCCUAUCCUCCGCAGUGACCUGUAUUCCUGGGACCGUCGUCACUGAUAGCCCUAGUGUUGGUCCUCACGAAUUAUGUAACGCAUGUAAAGCGAUACAGACACCGGUAGAGUCCACUUACCCCCUAGUGUCCACCACCCUUGUCCAAGCGGAUACAGUAUCAUGUCGCAGUGUGACGUCCGCCGUAACUCUUCGUCCACGUCGAGAAAGUUUGUUGUCGUCGAUGAAACGCAAAGUCGAAUCAUUGAAUUCGAAGCGUCGCGCCAGGAAAUCUCUACCUCAAGCAUUCGGUACUAUGGAGUCGCGCCCCUGUGCGUCAAACACGAUGGGUCUUGCUGAGUCAAACCAACCCGUAACUAACGUAGAAUCCACUAGCCUUCUUGCUGAUGACAACAAGUCUUUCACAACUGCUGUACAAAUGCCACCACCUGCGGCGGCAGCUCGACUUCCAGGGAGUUCGGGAACCUGUGCAUCUGGGUUUGAUUGGCCUCAGCUGGAAUCUGCUUGUGGUCUUUUUCUCAAAUCGUCUCCUCUGUUUCCCUCACCUUCCCCCGGCCGAAUGCGACCUCGCUCGUUUGUCGGUCCUUCCGGUGGUAGUUGGGAUAAAAUGGACCAGUCAACCGUUCCUUUUAACGCCACACACAUUCAUGGUCCUUUGGUCGAUCUCACCCACGUGGGCUUCUGCCCGCACCAUCGGGGGAUUUCACGAUCUGAUUGUGAAAGUCACGUGAUUGUAUCUGGCGAGGCUUACGUUUCCAUUCCGGGGCGUGUACCCUGGACAAAUCGUUGGUGUUGUCUUCGUUCCCAUUGUCUGGAUAUCUAUCCACUCACAAAGCAACCAUCGCGUGCUCGUUUGUUCAACUCGCCCACCACGGAUGACCAGUCUAUCACGCAGGCGAAUGCGUGGCCCUUUUUCUCUCUCACACUUGAACCAGGUCAGGUGGAGCUCGGCUUGGCCGGGGACAAAUACCACAAAGCAGCUCUGCGUUUGGCUGUUCCGAAACAAAGUGCUUUGGCAAUUUUGUUCGAUGCUCCAGACAAGUUACAAAUGGGAACAUGGAUUCGAGGGUUCAUCGAAGCUCUAGGGAUUAUUCCGUUGGAUCCAUCGAAACUCAGCUCGUCGUUUGACCGACCAGGACAGAAGGACCCGGUGCACUGUUCUUCCUCAGACUCACCUCAGGCCACCUACGAUUCUCCUGGAUAUACUUAUUCGGAACCGUGUGAAAGUGUUCCCCUUGUCUUGGGUAACCACUUGAUUCGCCGGAAUAACACCGGACGUGGUGGACUGUCCAUGGAUCAGUCAGUUUCGCAAGUGGACAUCAACUCUAUGACCAUAUACGAUGAAGUUUGCCCUGCACAGGAUACCAGCUCGAUGUUGGAUUCCAAAGCACUCGGAUACAAAUGUCGACGGAAUUCAUCCUCCUAUUCGGCCAAUCCUCUAGGAACUCCUUGUUUCUAUCCUCGGAAUCUUAGGGCACUGCAGCAAAGCUGUCAUGACUUAAUCUCCUCUGCCGAUAUGUCCGUUGAGAGCUACUCUGGCGACCAAACCGAUCGAUGGUGUGUUCCCCCACCGAGCCGAAGACUUUUAGCCCAACCUCUUCCCCCGUUGCCUUCGGUUGGUCCGAGUGGUGCUGAGUCCGUAACUGGCACUAUAACCAGUAGUCAUGCGUCUUCAAGUCUAACACCUGAUGACUGUGCCUUUUCCCCUGUCGUGAACUCGGAGCCCGAACUGCUGCACUCUUCCACGGGGUCGGCCAAAACACGUUCUCGCAAUCACCGGCCUCCUCGAGAUCCUCAAAAUCUUUCAUGUCCCACCCGAAGACGUCAUUCCAGUCUCGGUAGUAUGGAUCAUUAUGAACCUACGUGCUGUCAGUCUGUUGGAUUGUAUCCGGAUGAACUUGCUCCCUUUUCUCCUGAUGGUCGACCGAUUUUGGACGAUGGAGACGUCUUUCUGCAGGACAUGGAAUCCUCUACAUCACGCACGGGUUGCACACUUCUCUCAGGCCAGCUUCGAAGUCAAGGGACAAGCACCACCCACGUCGAUUUUCCUUCUAACAUAUCUCUGCUCUAUCAGGAUGAUCCCACGGGCCUUGCUUGGACAGACAGUGCCUCGCCUGUGUGGUCUGAGGAUUCACGGUUUAACAACAAGUCGGUCAAUGCCGCCGCGGCUAGACGCAGUGUUUCGUGUGUGACAGGUACCAAACCUACCAUCAACGAUCCACGCACAGUGGCAACUCUGCCUCCUCGUAGCGAAUUACCCCCGUUCGUGUAUCCACCUGACACCUCACGCCCCAAUCCAUUCGAUGACCUACGCCCAAACUUGUUAGUAUCCCUAACAAACGAUCACUCAUUGUCCUCGACUUCAUCGCAAACAGCAACGUCGUCGGGUGUGGCGCUGACUGCGGGUUCAUUCUCCUCAGGGUCUGGUGGGACGACGCGGCCCUCGUCCAUGGCAAUCACGUGGCCACCACCACCUACUCUAACCGAAGAACCGGAUUUUCCCGGGUCCGAUUCAGACGAUCAUCACAACCAUGAAAAGCCUCAGUCGCGGACGACCCCUACAAGUCCUCGGGAUUCAGAUGGACAGGAUACACGUACUAAUGUUGUUGGGACUGUUGCAAAGACCGAAAAUGGCACUGCUGCGUCGAGAAGAAAUCAAUUCCAAUCUAAGUCGACCAAACCGACUGUGAAACGUAUGCAUACGUUUAGUGGGGUUGAUCGGAGUACGCAAUGCCCGUUAUCGUCCGCAACAUUGUCAGACCUUCCCACCAAUGCUUCACUCCUGCUGGUCACAACUCAGUUAGAAGAAGUGCAGCAAGGUGCUAAGAAAUUGCGAUCAAGACACGCUGCACUGUCAUUUCGCCUGGCGAACCGCCUUGUUCGUGAGCAAGUGCACACGGCUAAGGAACUCAACGAAAAUGGCACGGAAUUUGAAAACAGGUCACAUUCGACGACCCCUCCUUCUGAAGACUCCACGGAGAAUCGGUCAAAGCUACCAGCAGCGUCACCCUAUGACAACAGCGCGGAUGAAGGUGAUGAGGCUACCUCGAGCUUGUGCGCUCGGUUGGCUGCCAUCGAAAUGUUAAUUCAACAGGCGGAAUCGAUUGAGACGCGUUUACGCGAUGAAGUCAACCAGUACAUGACGACCGAUGUAAGGGUACCGCCCGAGUUGAUUUCGAAUACGCCCAGUGAACAAUGCCAGACAACGUUGAAUGUACACACCCAGGGACGACGUGGACGGUGUCAUCGUGCGCGUCCAGCAUAUGGAAUACAAAGCUGUCCUAAUACAAAUCCGGGUGUUCCACCCGCUGCGCAGCACACCGCUAGGGGACGCGGUCGAGGUGGGCGAAACCGACGUAGGCGUUAUUAUGGCGGGGUUGGUGGAGGCGGGGCGGUUUCGGCCAAAUGUGAUGCAAUCGCGCUUGAGCUUGUUUUCUUCCCACUAACACUCAGAGAUACGGGAUUGUGUUCUCGUAUUCUGUCCGACAAACGCCUUGUCGUACGACCAACGUAUGAUGCUCGGCACGAGCAUACGAAUGAGUACACACAAAAGCUGGUGGUAGAACGUGGCAAUUUGUCCUUCAAGCAGAAUUUGAUAGUGGAGCUAGGAGUUGGAGCUCAUACAUAA